AUGCAGAGCUCCAGAUCCUUCCUGUUCCAGGUUUGUUUGGGUCUGGUGGUUUCUAUUGGCCCCUCCACCUGUAAACCUCUCAAUAAUGACAUCCAGAGUGAGGACCCCGAGGGACUCUACUCCCAGCUGUCAGAGGAGGACCUUCUGGAGAAGGACGACGCCGACUCCAGGAUGGAGAAGCUCCUGGGAACAAUGAAGAAGGGCUUUCUGAGGAAACUCAACCUGUCGGAUGUUCCUCAGGAAAACAGCAAGAUCUGCCCUCCUCAAUUCAUGAUGGAGCUCUACAACAAGUACGCCUCGGACAGCUCAGCAAACCCUCAGUCUGAUGUCAUUCGAAGCUUCACAGUCCAAGAUAUCCCUCUCUCUGUGACAAAUGGAACAAAGUCAAAGCACAGGCUGCAGUUCAACGUCAGCCUCCCCAACCAUGAAAAGAUCACUACUGCUGAACUGCAGCUCUUCUUCUUCCCAGAAGCCAGAUCAAGGGUCCACUCCCACAUAUCCAAGGCCACCAUCAAAGUCUACCAAGUAGAUUACAAUGAUUUCACAUCCACCACCCAACUGCUGGUUGGCAAAGAGGUGACAGGCUUGGAGAGCACGUGGGAGACAUUUGAUGUGACCACAGCUAUUCAGAGCUGGACCAAGUCUGGCCACGGAGCAACUGUUUUUGAUGUCGUGGUGGAUAGGAAGAAUUGUGGGGCCUCUAAAGGCGGAGAAGAAGGCGCAGGCUGUUUGAAUAUGAGCGUGUCUGUUGGAGAUAAUACUUCAGCGGCUUUAAUAGUCUUCUCAGAUGAACUGGGUAGCAGGAGGAGGGAAACAAAGAAGGAAUUAAAAGAAAUGAUCCUUCACGAAGAAGAAACCAUCUUACACUCCGGCGCCGACUGGAACAAAGGAGAUCAGCUUUCAAACGAGAUCCCGGACGUUCAACAUCCACGGAGACCGAAAAGAAAGGCAGAGGGAGAAUACUGCCAGCGGACUUCUCUCAAGGUCAACUUUAGGGACAUCGGCUGGAACAGCUGGAUCGUGGCACCUCCAGAAUAUGACGCCUUUGAAUGCCGAGGCCUGUGUUACCACCCGCUGACGGACGAAUCGACCCCUUCAAAACACGCCCUCAUCCAGACGCUAAUGAACAUCAGGAACCCCAAGAAGGCCAACAUGGCGUGCUGCGUCCCCAUCAAACUGGACCCCAUCACAGUCAUGUAUCUGGAGAAUGGACGCAUCACUAUAAGAUACCUUUAUGAGGAGAUGAAGGUGGCAGAGUGUGGUUGCAGGUAG